UGGGAGUCGGAGUGGGCCAGCGGAGGCAGGCAUAGCAGGCAAGGCGAAAAGAAGGGGGGGUCAAAACAGAGAGGUCUGCAGAAGGAGAGCACCAAGAGGGGGGAGAAAACCAACCCGACGCGCGAUUGACGGACGGAUCUCCCCGGUGUGGAGGUGUCGGACGCGCACGGAAGGAGCGCACUCCACUCCCCUCCCGGUGUGGAAGAGGACACAACACCGUGGAGGUUAAAAAAAUAGAAGAAAAGAAGUAGUAGAAGUAGUCAGGGUGGGACGGAGUAAUCCAGGAAGUGUGGAGGCCGGUGAGGUGGUGGGAGGCGACGAGGCAGGACAGGUGACACACCGGCGCACAGGUGUAUGACCUCUGGUGACCUUUGAACUAAGACAGAGGAGUGAGACAGAGACAGUAGGCGCCCAUCUUCAGGGUUUAUGGACUGGAGGUGGCAAUGUCUCCAGGAGAGGACGGUCUGAUUGGGAUCCCCUUCCCGGAGCACAGCAAUGAGCUCUUGUCCCAUCUGAAUGACCAGAGGAGGACAGGGCUCUUGUGCGACCUCACGCUGACCUCCCGUGGAGCACGCUACCCAACUCACCGCUCCGUCAUGGCCGCUGUCAGCCUCUACUUCCGGCGGCUCUUCGGGGCAGAGGAAGGGGGGGGUGAGGGCGGGGGAGGUUUCAGCGUCUGCCAGCUGGACUGUGUGGCACCAGAUGCCCUGGAUGCUCUGCUGGAGUUUGCCUACACCGCCACACUGACCAUCCCCAGUUCAGGAAUGAGAGAUGUGUUGCGAGGUGCUCAGCUGCUGGGCAUCCAGUGUGUGGCUGACGCCUGCAGAGACAUCCUGGGAGAAACGGUGGAGGCAGAGGCGGAAACAGCAGAGGAGCACAGAGUCCAGCACACCGCCACCGAGAACAUGGUGGAGGAGAGUCCUGAGAGGGGAUCUCGGAGAAAAACGGACAAAAAGAAGGUGAAAAAAAUUGGGUCACAUCACAACAACACCUCGGUUUUAAACCCCCCACUACCCGCUUCACCCUUCUCGCAUCAUUCACCUGCAUCCGACAGCCUCCGCUCCCUGCCGUCCACUCAGCCCCCCAGCCCCGAACCGGAAGUCCAGCACCUCAACUCUGGGCAGAACGGCGACCCCAGAGCAAUCACAGAGCCAGGCAGGGGGGCAACACUAAACGGUGGGCCACUUCACUGGCUGCAGGAGCGUCCCCGUAUAGCCCACCCUCCACCUGCCCCACGCUCCAAUGACAAGCUGUCAGAAGAUGAUGAUAUAGAGAGUUAUGGAGAUGAGACCAUGCUGAUGGGAAGCAUAUCCAUUCCUGCUUCUGGGGUGGAUCGAGGGGCGGUGGCAUCAGUGGUGGGCCCGGGGAGGAAGAGGAAGUCUCAAACACCCCAGCAGUGCCCAGUCUGCCAGAAGAUCAUUCAUGGAGCUGGAAAACUUCCCCGACACAUGAGGACACACACCGGAGAGAAGCCCUUUCAGUGCUCUGCCUGCGGAGUCCGCUUCACUCGGAAUGAUAAAUUGAAGAUCCACAUGAGGAAACACACGGGUGAGCGCCCCUACCCCUGCCCCCACUGCCCGGCCCGGUUCCUCCACUCGUACGACCUGAAGAACCACCUGUCCCUCCACAGUGGGGCGCGGCCCUUCGAAUGCCCACUGUGCCACAAGGCCUUUGCCCGGGAAGACCACCUUCAGCGGCACCGCAAGGGCCACAGCUGCCUGGAGGUGCGCACACGGAGGCCCAGACGUGGACCCGAGCUGGGGGAGGAGGGCAGAGGAGAUGGGGGAGGAGGGGGGAGGGAGCAACCCAACUCCCUGGAGUCGCUGUCCUUACAGGCCCACUCCUCGGCAUUCCUCCCCCACACCGUGUUGGAUGCUGGGAAUGGAUCUGGCGCCGGCCCUCCGCUGAUGUUCGCAGGGGAUACUGAGAGGGAGCGGUCCCUGACCCUCCAGGCCCUGGCCCAGCUCGGGUCCCAUAGGCUGGCCGGUUACCCAGGGGUCUUCCUGCGAGGUCUGGAUCUGCGAGGGGGCCGAGAGGCGGAGGGAGAGGAUCCAGGAGGAACCCACGCACUGGCUGCACGAGACAGAUGGGCAGAUGAAGUGGAAGAAGACAACGGAGACGAGGAAGCCGAGGAAGAGGAAUAGUGAAGAGAGAGAGUGUGUAUGUGUGUGUGUCUGUGUGGUAAAGCAUCCACAGUACAAAAAAAAAAAAAAAAAAAAAAAAAUCUCACUCAGGUGGCUGGACUAAAGACCUGCUGCUCCGAUAUAGAGAGCUCUUAAAAAAAGAUAUUAAAAGAAAAAAAUGGAAAACGGGUUUUCAGAAAUAUUUUAAACGUUUGUCUGUUGGCUCUUGGCAUUUGAUUUAUUUGACUUUUGCUUCUUGUUUGCUGUUUAAUUGUAUGUGUUUUAGGUUUGAGCUGUUUCUUUUGAUUUUAUUUUUCUAGCUGGACAUGUGUGAGUUGAGUGUGUGGUUUCUGGGAUGACUUUCAUUUUCACUAUGCAAUCUAAAAUCCGGAGCUGCAAAAUGGGAACUAUUUGAAGAUGUAUAUUUUAGUUACAACAAAAUAUAUUGAUUCAGGUGCAAUUCAGUCAUAUCAUCUUGAAGUUUGUGUACCUACUGCCCUCUGGUGGUGAUCAGUGGAAAUGCAGUCUAAUCAAACUGGUUCUGUGCAUUGUAAGCAAUAAUGUUCUUUGUGUCUUUCUUGAUAGGGACAAAUGAUCUUUGCUUUGAUUUGGUGCUUAUACCAAAGAUUUUAGAUUUUAGUUUACUUUUAUUCUCAAAUCUCUUAAGUUAACAGGAGAGGAGAGAGGUGACUUGUAGCCAAUGUUGGGUUUGAAGAACUUAAAGCUCUUCCCAACUGUUUUGAUAGCCAUGAGAAAGAAUCUGCUUCCAUAUUUGAGUGUUUCAGAGCUGUAGUGCUCUGUAACAAAUGCCUGACCAGAAAAGACAAAGUCUGGGUCGAUGAGAUGAGUAUGUUGAAGACAAUUCUUCUUUUCCCAAAGGCUGUGGAUUUCAGUCUUUCAAUGCACUCAUUUGGUUUCCUUGUAUGAAAAAAAUGGAAAGGGGCAAAGAAGGGGUGAAUGAGCUGGCUUGCCCCUUUUUUCUGUAUUUAUUUAUUUAUUGUUAUUUAUUAUGGCUCUUCUGCUGACAUUUUGUGAGACCUAAUCCAGGACUAGACUCAGUGGCCCUGAUGUCACUGUUUUAUUUAGUCUUCAUAAGUCUUACAAGAAGCUGCAUUGCGCUAAAGAUUUUGGCCCAACAUCUCCAUGUACCUAAACGCCUUUCAUGAGCUGCGUGUCUUCUUUUGGUGAUUCUUCCUCGAAUGCAUUCUUUGCACAUUUAACCCCGUCAGGUUACUGCAAUAACACAUUCCAUCCUCCGGGGGGAUAGCGAGAAGGGAACAUAGCAAAGAAGAAGAAGUCAGGGGGGUUAAAACCUUCAAUGUAAGGGGAAUAGAAAGUGACUUUGCUGUUUGAGUCAACAUAGUACUGUAUCACAUGUAAAUGCAUGGCAGUUCUUAUUGAUCGGCCACCGCUGCGUCUAAAGGGGCCAUUACUUUUUUGAGUCUUCCUUCUUCGACCAAAAUCCUUUUUUCUUUUUUUUCUUUUUUUUCUUUUAGUUUUAUCAGAUUUUUUGGUAAAUAGCCAGGAGGCCAGUGCAUUUGAGUCCUGUCAGGGGUUGUAAUGCUUUAAUGGCUCAGAAUGACAGCAUUUUGCUUUUUAUUUUCAAUUCUCUUGAAACCCAUGUAGUCAGAACCUGCUGUAGCAGCUGUGCUGUUUUGGCCUUGUGUGCACAAUCCGCUCCUUGUUGUGUAGUAAAUCAACUUAUUUUCCAGUUUUUUUGCACUAUGAGAUUUGAGAGCUUUACGCCUUUUGUCUGAUCUUCGAAUAUCUAGUCCAUUAACUCACUUGGUACCAUUUAAGAUUGUGAUUGAAAUAGACAAUACUUCUUUUAAACCCAAAUACAUUGAAUACUAGUCCUUCUGCAUAUUAGUACAGAGUUAUUGUAAAAUAAUAUAUAUCAAUAUAUAUUGGGAUGAAGUUGCCUUAGAUUUUUUUUUUUUUUUUUUUUUGUCGUGCUGCAACUAUUCUCAGGAAAUCUUGAGCAAUGCACUAAGUGAUUAUAUAAAAUAUAAAUGGGAAGAAAUUGUUUGGUGCUGUGGAGUAAUUUACACUCAGCUUGCAAAUGUAAGGCCAGUAAUAAAAAAAAAAAAAAAAGAAAAAAAAAAAGAUGACUAUAGACUGUAGCUUUUGCAUUAUCUCAUUAGAGUGAAAUGUGAGGUAAACAUAGGCAAAUCUUAGCAAUGAUUGUAAGUUACUGGCCUUACUGGAACCUGUCCUACUGCUAUGACAUUAUGACAGGUGGUCCUAUGCAUGAAGGGUGUUGAUGCUCCCUGUCAGAGCUUUGUGAAUGAAUGAGAGUAAACUGAUGCCAGCUGUGAAGUGUAUGUUUCUGUGAGCUGUUCUUUUCUUGGCUUUCGGUGAAGGGACACGGAGUCUGGUCUGAAUAGAGACUCCGCUAUCAGGGAUACAUUUUUGUCUUUCAGUUUUUAGUGGACCUUCUCAGAGAUGUCAUUUUCCCACCAUUUGUUUCAGUCAAUGUAAAGAAAAUAAAUAAAGAUAUCUAAGCUUGC